CGCGCCCGCGGGCCCGGGGCUGACAUGCAGCGCGGCCCGGGCGGCGGCAGCAGCGGCGGCGGCGGGGACCCGAACGGCGACGCGGGCCGAGGGGGCGGCGGCUCUCGCGGCGGCCCAGCCCCGGCGCUCCGAGGUGUCCUCCGGAAGCAUGGUGACCAUGGCCGAGUUCAGCGCGGCGCCCGCCGGCCAGGGCCAGCAGAAGCCCCUCCGCGUGGGCUUCUACGACAUCGAGCAGACCCUGGGCAAAGGCAACUUCGCGGUGGUGAAGCUGGCCCGGCACCGGGUGACCAAGACCCAGGUGGCGAUAAAAAUAAUUGAUAAAACACGCCUGGAUUCGAGCAACUUGGAGAAGAUCUACCGUGAGGUCCGGAUCAUGAAGCUUCUGAACCACCCUCACAUCAUCAGGCUGUACCAGGUGAUGGAGACCAAGGACAUGCUGUACAUUGUCACCGAGUUCGCCCAGAACGGGGAGAUGUUUGACUACCUGACCGCCAAUGGGCACCUCAGCGAGGACGAGGCCCGGAAGAAGUUCUGGCAGAUCCUGUCCGCCGUGGAGUACUGCCACAGCCACCACAUCGUCCACCGCGACCUCAAGACGGAGAACCUGCUGCUGGACGGGAACCUGGACAUCAAGCUGGCAGAUUUCGGUUUCGGGAACUUCUACAAGCCGGGAGAGCCCCUGUCCACGUGGUGUGGGAGCCCCCCGUACGCCGCCCCGGAGGUCUUCGAGGGCAGAGAGUAUGAAGGGCCCCAGCUGGACGUCUGGAGCCUGGGCGUGGUGCUGUACGUGCUGGUGUGCGGCUCGCUGCCCUUCGACGGGCCCAGCCUCCCGGCCCUGCGGCAGCGCGUGCUGGAGGGCCGCUUCCGCAUCCCCUUCUUUAUGUCCCAAGACUGCGAGAGCCUGAUCCGCCGCAUGCUGGUGGUGGACCCCACCAAGCGCAUCAGCGUUGCCCACAUCCGCCAGCACCGGUGGAUGCAGGCCGCGCCCCCCCUGCCGCCCGCCUCCCCGCUCCCCUCCCUCAGCCACGGCGCCAGCCUGGGCCACUACGACGAGCAGGUGCUGGGGCUCAUGCAGGCGCUGGGCGCCGACCGGCACAGGACAGUGGAGUCACUGCGGACCAGCAGCUACAACCACUUUGCGGCCAUCUACUACCUCCUGCUUGAGCGGCUGAGGGAGCACCGCAGCCCCCCGCAGCAGCGCCCCCCGCCGCAGCCCCACGGCUCCGACCUCGGCACUCUGGAGGUCCCUGCCGACGCCUUCCAGGCCUCCCAGCGGGGCGCGCAGCCCCCCAGCCCAGGCCAGUCUGCCCUGCAGGCCGAGGUGGACUGUGACCUGCCCAGCUGCCUGCAGCCGUGGCUUCUGCCCGUGGACCCCAGCUGCAGCAGCGUGCUCUGGCCCCGGUCAGCGUCGCCCAGCGGCCUGCUGGACACGGCCAUCAGCGAGGAGGCGCGGCCGGGCCGGGGCCUGCAUGAGGAGCCGGAGUCCCUGGCUGGUGGCACUGGCCGCAGGCACACCCUGGCCGAGGUGUCCAGCUUCUCCCCGUGCAGCCCUCCCUGUAUCAUCGUCUCCACGUCCGUGCCAGCGGCCUCUGAGGGCACUAGCUCCGACAGCUGCGUCCCCUUCUCUGCCUGCGGUGCCCCUCGGGGGCUCAGCGGCCGCCUGGCUGCCCAGGGGCUACUGGGCACGUGCUCCCCGCUGCACCUGGCCUCGCCCCUGCUGGGGGCGCAGUCGGCCACCCCGCUGCUGCAGCGUCAGGGGGCCGCAGCUGGGGCAGCCCUGCUGUCCGUCAGCUUCCAGGAAGGUCGCCGGGCGUCCGACACCUCGCUCACUCAAGGCCUGAAAGCCUUCCGGCAGCAGCUCCGCAAGAACCCCAGGGCCAAGGGCCUCCUGGGCCUGAACAAGAUCAAGGGGCUGGCCCGCCACGUGUGCCUGUCCGCCUCCUCCAGUCGGGCCUCCAGGGCUGGCCUGGGCCCCCUGCAGCCGCUGCCCCCGAGCCCGGGCCUGCUCGACACCGUGCUCCAGCAGCAGAGGCUGCUCCAGCUCCAGCAUCAGGCGGCCUCCACACCCAGCUGCCCGCAGAGCCCCCUGCCGCCCGCCGCCGCGCUGCCCGGCCCCCUCCCCGCGCCCGGGCUCCCAGAGGAGCUGGGCCUGCGGCCACCAGCCCCUCUGCUCCCGGCCGGGCUCUCCCCAGUGGUCUCAGCCGCGCAGCUCCUGGACACCCACUUGCACAUCGGUGGCCCGGCCUCCUCGGCCCCGCCCGCCCCGCUGGCCACGCGGGCCCCCAGCUUUGAGCCGGUGGCGGGCCUGCGGCCGGGGGACUGUGACAUGGAGGCCCUGAGCCCUGGCCGGCGCGGCGCCUUCGUCCUGGUGCAGUGAGGCUGCCCGCGGGCGCCUGUCCCAGCAAUAAUCUCGAGGCCGAGCGCGGCUCGAGGCCACCAAGCAAUACGCCCCGCCCCGCCCCUGCAGCAUCGGUUUCCGUUCCUCACACCGGGCCGCUGCCCUGCGCUGGCCGGACUCGCCGAAGGGGGCCCUGGACGGGGCUGCCUCGGGUCUCCGCACCCGGGCGCACUGGCCGCGGCCACUCCCUGGAUCGACCGUGUCCAGAGGCAAGCUGCUGCCCCCGGCAGUUCCGAGCGCCCGGGGCGGGGGGCUUCAGGGAGCCCCGAGCGGCAGGGCACGCCCCCAACUCCUCAUCUGCUGCUACUUCACCGACAGACCCAGGAAGCGUCGCCGAGGGGGGCGGCCGGCCCGCGCCUGUUCUCCCGGCAGAGUGUGCCGGUGGGCGGCUCGUUGAAGGGGAUGGGGUCUCCGCCUCCAGCCCCCGCCGGCGGCCCCGCCUCAUUCAGGUGCCUUCAGCUCCCGAUGGCCCCGCCACCCACAGUGUUAGUCCCAGCGGCCAGAGCCACGCUGGCCAAAGCCAAAGACUGGGGCUGGUGUCCUCGGGCCCCCCAGGGCUGAGUCCUGGCCCCCCCGCGGUGAGGCCUGGCCGGCUGCGCCUGCUCCCAGGGAGGCCGGGCGGGGGCCACCCCCAGGCCGGAGGCCCCACACCACAGCAAGCACUUUAAUCACGGCCCUUCCGAGCCUGGCGGCUGUGCCCGCCACAUCCCUAGGACGCCGUCCGCCGGGCCCAGCCUGCGGUGAGAUAGUUUUGUUGUGUUUGUUUGUUUUUUUUUUUACCACAACCGAAGUAAUUAUUCUGUUACCCUGAGAGGCGUGUGCUGGAUGAUUAGUGGAUGCCUGUUUUUUAAUUUAAUAUUUAAAUAAAAUAUUUGGG